AUGAAGACACUCGUCUCUUUUCUGAUCCUUGUUAAUCUUUGGGCCUCUCUCGCCCAAGAAGAUCUUCAAAAGAUGGUCUUCAUCUUCCCAGAAACAUCCAGCACGGCUGCGGUGGUUCUGAAGACCCCGAUCCCGCAGCCCCUGACCAAAUUCACGCUGUGCCUGAGUUACUAUACCCUCCUGACUCGCGCCUUGAGCCUCUUCUCUUACUCCACCCGCUCGAGAGACAACGACCUCCUGCUCUUCAAACCAGCACCCAACCAGUACACCCUUUAUUUGGACAAUGCAUCUGUGAGCUUCACCAUUCCAGGAAAGCAGGUGCACGAACCCAGCUGGGAGCACAUCUGUGUGUCUUGGGAGUCCGCCACGGGGGUGGUGGAGCUGUGGUUGGAUGGGAAACCUUUGCCCCGCAUGAGCUUGCGGAAGGGGUACUCUGUCGGCACGGAAGCAUCCAUCAUCCUCGGCCAGGAUCAAGACUCGUUCGGAGCUGGUUUUGAGAGCCAGCAGUCGUUUGUGGGAGAGCUGAAAGAUGUGUACAUGUGGGACCGGGUCCUGAGCGCUCAGGAAAUGAGCCUUGUCUGCUCUGGACAAGUGCUUUCUAAUUAUCUGAUUAACUGGCAAGCGCUGAGUUAUGAGAUCAAAGGUUAUGUGGUUCUUAAGCCUUCUCUGCUUCCUUCAUUUUGCUAAAGAGUUCCGCAAAACUCAUGCAGUGCUUUCUCCCUCGCUGCUGUUUUUCCAAUAAACAGAUGCAUUUAAACUCA